AUGUACCGGAAACACGGCAUAGAGGACAAGGAUCCCACACAAAUGACUUGGAUGCACGUGGAGAGAGAGGCUGCGGAUUUUGAAGAGUUCACGACAUUUGCAAUCCAAGCCCCCGGAUUAUAUAAACAGGAUGUUGCAUUAAUCUUGAAGCUUUUGGCAGAAGUCCGCAAAGAGGUUCGAAUUACAGAGGACGGGGGGCUUCAUGAUGAUUGUACCCUGAGAUGCGUCAGCCGUCACUCGUCCGGAAGUGAAAAGGAAGAGAAAUCAGCCACUUUCAUGUCCUUUCCCUAUUUUUCCGUUGAAUCAUUCAAGAAGGACUCUCAGCGUCGUCUCCUACAGACCUACUAUCAUCAGACCACGGCGCAGAGGGAGUGUGGACAGGCAAUACGGAUGACGGGUCUAUUCCCUAGCGACCACAUUACCUUCGUUCCUCAGUUGUGGGCCAUAGUCUUGAACUCCAAGCUUCUCAUUACCUGCGCACCUAUCUCCUUCUCACAAAUCGCUGCGAAUUCUUUAAACAUUGCCGAUUCCCCCAGGCCAAGAUCAAGCUCGGGACCAUCUAUUAUUCGUCUCACUGAUCACAAUCAGCGUGUUUUCUUCAUUCCUAUGGAUCAUUGUCAGACGUGGUUUGCUUUGAUCGAUAAAGUGAAAAAUGGCUGUCUGUCAGACAUUGACCUCACCAGACUUGAAUUACAGCUAUUCACAAUCACCGGGAAUCCAGUACAUGCGGAGACCUGGCAUGCAGUUUCAAAGGGCCAUAAGUCGACCAUUUUGCCAUUGAGUGUCCGACUAAUAGAAGUGAAGGCGCCGAAACCUGCUCAACUCACUGUAUCAGACACACCAAAAUUGCAGGGCAGAGUAGCAGAGCUAGCUGGCGAAGACAGUCCCGAACAGUCUGUUGUAAGUGCAGGCGGCAUGGCUCUCGUUAAGCGCAGACCUACAUGGGCGCAAGAGGAGGAAGGGAAAGAUACAGCUGCAACUGCUCAAAGUAAGAUUUCGGAUCAACAUAGGUCAUCUGACCGCGAAGUUGGGCGCCUGCUUCCCCCAAAUUCAGGAAUAAUCAACAAUGUGCCUGAUAUAACAUCGGCCAAAGAAGAGGAAGACGUUUAUUUCCUCCCAGACAAUGUUUUAGCCAAAGGGACCUUUAGUCCGACCAGUGAAAAGGAGAAUACUUCCUCAUCUACCGGGAAUUCAAUCAGGUCCACUGGAACUUCUCCAAGCCAACAUGGAGGAACAGGAGCCACUCCGUCACCGACCCCUAAUAUCAAUGUUGAUCCCAAGUUGGCUGAACAAGAAAAAGCUCAGUCCAAUGCUUCACCAAGCAGUAGCGCAGAGAUUAAACCAAACGUGCCUCCGGUGUUCACAUGGUCAAUUGGUGAAAGAUCUAAGCCGGAUCACGAAUCAGCCUCUGGCGAUUUUGCAAAUCUGGCGCAGUGGAACUAUUCUCAAAAUAACAUCAUAACAUCAGAAGAAGAGUCUCUUUCAUAUGUCUGUGGAUAUCUUCAUACCCAGCUUUCUGGGACCACAGAGAACAAGGAUUUGUAUAUGGGAACUCCUUCCAAGUCUUUCGCGCAUAUCGAAAACCUUAUCAGGGAUACAUUCUCUAUCAGCGUUACGAUGCUCGAGGAAGAGAAUCAGACAGAGCACUCUACAAGUGGUCCCGCUAUUGCCCCUCGAAAAUUUUCAUUGAAGGGCGUUACAACCAUCCUUCUGAGACUCUUGGGUCUGUUCAUGCCCGCCGCAUAUAAAUGCGAGGUUGGGGAAAAGUACAUGGGUGCCUUGUCCGAAAUUUUGACAGGAAUAUGCGACCUGUGCAUUCUUUCACAAAAGAAUAGCCCUGACCGCCAUAAAGCCAACAUUUUCGAAAUUGUCGACAUAUCAGGCCCUACGGAAGCUGAUUUGCGAGCCACAGAUGAUCUUGAUCUUCUUGAAGUGCCGAUCAUGGAUUGUGUGAGAUGUCAAAAGGGAGAGAAAUAUUCAACGCGUGAGGAUGCCGUGGGCCAUCUUUUGCAAGCCCAUUUCCGUGCUGAGGCAGUCCUGAAGACAAACACCCACUGGGUCAUGGACAAUUACCAAAUGCUGAAUUUACAAGCUCGUCGAGCUGGAGAAAGGGUUAUUCAUGCGCUUGUUGAUAACUGCGUUGAGCUCGAAGAGAUUAUGUGGGAAAUUCGAUAUGGAGUUUCGGGGAACGGGGAAUUUGACCGUGAUACGUACCGAAUCUCGAAGUCGCUCGUGAAGGGGUUUCAACACCUCCUGUUGAUGCUAGCAUAUGCUGCUAAGGGAAUUAGGGAUGGGCUACAGAAAGUGCAGGGGCACACUUCUGAUGACUCUCCACCUCUUUUGUUGGAGCUGGACAAUUUACAACGACAAAUUCAGUGUGGUGCCCACGCAGAGCGCUCGCUCGGCGACGCGAAGCGGGAAAUUUUACUAAUGACUUUUACCGAUGACUCUUCAGCGAUCGGGACGUACCAAGCAGGGAGCCCGGAGCUUGUUCUUGCAACCAUCAUGGAUGAUUUACGCUGCAGAGAUAGCAAUAAUGACACCGUGGACCUGGUUGAAAUAUACAGGGUGUACAUGCUUGGCCUCGAAACUCGAGUCAUCCAAAACCCAGGCCAUCGGCUUUUAUCAGAUAUACGACUUGCGAUGCAGGAGCUCGAAAUUAUCGAGAAAUUCACAAUGAAGCAGCGACUUCUUUGUGUCAAUUACAAAGUCCUUCUCGCUCCAUCAUCGUUUAGGAUCACUACAGCUUCUCGCCAGGCAUCUUUCAUUUUCGAGAAAAGUAAACUGGAUGACUUGAUUGGUCGUCUCGAUGACGAUGCAGAAAGCAUCGAGCGGCUUCUUGAAAAGGCCGACUCACUUGCCAAAGCAACGCGAAGUGGCGUCGAAGUACGGCAAGAGGAUCAUGGAAAAGCUAUACUCGCUUUCACCAUUGUCACAGUGAUUUUCCUUCCUCUAUCAUUUGUGACGAGCUUCCUUGGUAUGAAUACAACCAAUAUUCGAGACACAAAUCACACGCAGCAAGUAUUUUGGGCAGCGGCCUUGCCACUUACAGCGCUCAUUAUUAUUGUUUCUCUUGUCGUUGGUUUCAAAGGCUAUGACCUUCAGGAGUUCAUCUAUGCUCAACAAUGGUGGGGAUCAGGAAACUGGUGGAAGCUGGGAAGCAGGAGAAGCGCACCCAUGAGGAUCCUUGGUGUAAAUCCCGGGCUGUCUAUUCUGGAAAGUUGCACUUUGCCCUCGAGCUAUCAUGACUACACGGAACCGAACCUUGGGGAGAAUAUGUCCCGGGGUGGAGUUGUUGCAAGGAUCAAACGUUGGAAUUCUCGGCGGAAUAAAGGACCUUGGUUUUGA